AUGAAUAUAGUUUUCCUUACAAUAAUAGCACUCUUUUUAAAAGCUCAAUUAGUAGCUGGUGGUAUAUUUACAUCAAAAUAUGCCCUUUCUAGUAAAGAACAAGAUCAAAUACUAGCUGCUAUCACAAACAAAAGAAAUUAUCAUGUUGAUACAUCAUCUGUAACAUGGCUGAAAAAAGCCGCAAGCUCUGCAAUUGAUCUUGCUGGUAGUUACAAAUGUGAUCAAGAAAAUACAUUUUCAAAUGGGGUUUAUGGUUUUACAGUUUCUGUUGGUUCAAGCGAUAUUGAUGAGGUUGUUUCUGAUUGGUAUGCUGGAGUUCAAAAUUAUGAUUAUUCCAAUCCGGAGCUUACUACUGAUAAUCAUGAUUUCGUUCAAAUUAUUUGGAAACAAAGUACUCAGAUUGGGUGUGCAAAAAAGACAUGCAGUUCAAAUACUGUUUAUAUUUGUCAAUUUUCAUUACCAGGUGCCGUUGCCGAUACUGAACAGCUGGUAGCUAAUGUAGGUGAACUACACGCACAAACUGCCACAAAUACUGAGACAGCUACUGCUACUGAAACUCAAACACAUACAGAAGUAACUACUAAUACGGACACAAUCACUCAUACUCAGAUUACUACUGAUACUGACACCAUUACCCAUACUCAAGUUACUACUGAUACUGAGACACAUAGUUUCACUGAAACAUUAACAGUUACAGAUAUAAUAACUGUCACCGAGGCUACAACUGCCACUGUUAUACAAGCUACAACAGAUACUGUCACCGAGGCUACAACUGCUACUGUCACCGAGGCUACAACUGCCACUGUUAUACAAGCUACAACAGAUACUGUCACCGAGGCUACAACAGAUACUGUCACCGAGGCUACAACUGCCACUGUUAUACAAGCUACAACAGAUACUGUCACAGAGGCUAUAACAGAUACUGUCACUUUAUUUUCAACAGAAACAGUAAAACUUACCGUAACUUUGGUUAGUUCUGAUAUUUCAACAGAGACCGUGCAUGAAACCAAUUAUGUGAAUCAAACAUUGCUAGAGACAACAACACACACAAACACUUAUAAUGUAACUGAAACAUUACAUCAAACUACUACACUAAUAGAAACCGAUACAACAAUUCAAACUCAAGUUGUAACCCACACGUCUCAUGAAACAAUAGUUACAACAUCGUCUGUUUUAUUAUUAUCAACGAAAACGUCAGUUAUUACACAUACAAACACUGUUACCACAGAUAAUCAUUACACUGUAACCAAUGUUAGUACCGAUACUAAAACAGAGUUUGUUACAGAUGUUACUAGUAUUACAUUUACUGAUACACUAGUAUCUACUAUAACUGAGUUGGUUCCAACAUCAAUUAUCACAUCCACUACGGAGACUAAAACAAUUACUUUAUUGGCUACCAUCACUGAUAUAAGUACUACCGCAGUAAGUGAUACCACGACUGUAUUCAUAACAAAUACAGUUUCUAAUAUGACUACAAUCACAAAUAUUUUGACUUCAACAGAUACUCUUGUCAUAACAGAAACUGUUACAGAAACUGUUAACCACGGGUCUUACUAUUCGAGUAUGAGCUCCACAAUGUCCAUAAUUUCAUCAUCUGAUAGCAAUGCGUUAACAACAGCAAAACCAACAACAACAACCACAUCUGAUUGGGAAUCAGAUUCAUUGGAUGACCCAACAGAAUCUGCCAUAACGAGCGAUGUUUCACAAACAGGAUCGAUUAGCACCACGUCCAAUACCUAUAGUUUCACUAUUGAUAUUACUACCUCAGGUACAGGUAACACCAUUUCUAAGACCACAAGUAUUGACACUGACAAUACUGUUUUUGGGAGCACGACUAUUAGCACCGAAAGUUUUACAUCCGGUGUGACUUCUAGAGAUACUGAUACAAGUUAUACCACCACAGGCGCUCUUUCUACACCUUUAAGUCAUACUUCAAGUGAUGACUUCGAUGGUACGGCAAUUUCAACAAUAUCAGAUAUAUCUACAGAUCUGUCACAAACACAUAGCGGUACAAUCCAUGAAAGUUCAUUUACUGAAACCAGUUCACCAACAAUUGACAAUAUUGACACUGAUUCAAAUUUUCAGACUUCGACCGCUUCAGAUGAAGCACAUUCAAGUACUAUUAUUAUUUCCACAACUAAUAGCCCAAUAACGACAAAUAGUGACCCAACUUUAAUCCCAUCAAACAGUGUCGAUGCAAGCCAUACAUCUUCAUCUAGUACAGAAAGGGAAGUUACAAUAACCACUAGUCCCACAGACAAUAUUAUAGGUACACAAAUUACUUCAAGCACAGAGUCUAAUUCUGAAAUGACUGGAAAAGACACAUCAACCUUCAUAGAUUAUGAGCCUACAGGGACGUAUAUUCGAUCAUCAACUAGAUCUAGUAUGAAUACAUUCGAUGGAGGUUCAAAAACAUAUACGAAUAGUGAAACAACUGGUAUUGAUACUUUAGAAACGGAUGAUGGGACAUCUGGGAAUAUUAAGUCAUCUACAGUAAAGCACAAUAUUAAGUCCUCAACAUCAAAUAGUCAUACACAAAUACAGACAGGGGAUAUUCAAUCCAGUUCUAAUACGAUUCCUAGUACAUCAACUAAUUCCACCCUUACUGCAAAGUCAUCACCUUCCAAAACUAAUUCUUCAACGAACAUAGGAUCUGAAUCUGUUAGUAAAAAUAGCGAUAAUCCAGUAGGAGAUGAAAAUACAAAUAAUAACUCUGGUGAGAAUACUUCUGAUAAUCAAUUGACUAUUGAAAGCGCUGAAGAUGAUUCGGGUUAUCUCGAAUCUAAACACGUUGAUAGCAAUGGGAAUAAUUUCAACAAAUCUAUUUCGUUUGAUUCAUUAGAAAGGUAUAACGAAUAUAAUGUUGGUACGACAACUUCUUCACAUCGUUACGCAGCGGUAUCUAGUUCUACAACGCUGCCCCAUCACAGCAGUGCAAUCCCUGAAGUUUCGGCAACGGAUGAUAACUCAGACAAUUUAGAAUAUCUAAGCAAUGAGAAGUCUGAAAGUGAUGAAAUAUAUUAUAAUUCCAUUGAUACUUUUGGCAACAGUGGUAGUAUAAAAUCUAUAAAUGCAUGGUAUUCAUAUUUCAUCCCAUUCAUAUUGAUUAUGCUGCUAAUAUAG